AUGUCUGCCAAUCAUGUAGCAACAUAUUUCUUCUGUGGAACUACGUUUUGUACAAUCUCGUCUAUAGUAAUCGUUGGCUAUAUUUUUCAAGACAUCAACCAUUUCUACGAAGAUGCAUUACUGGAGAUGAACGAAUUCCAGUACUAUGCCAACGAUGCUUGGAAAGAAAUACAGCUUUCGGCAGGAAAUCAUGACACCGGAGAAAUUCGUGCAUUAUUCCAUCGUCAAAAGAGACAGUCUUACGAGAGUCCGACAUGCAACUGUGCAGAAAGUGCUAGUAGCUGCCCUGCAGGACCACAAGGCCCUCCUGGAAUGGUGGGAGAGCCAGGCGAAGACGGGCCUCGUGGAGCGGAUGGCAGACCAGGUACGCCUGGUAUCUCUGUCUUAGGGGGUACAGCAGGAGGUUGUGUGCAAUGUCCGGCUGGACCACCAGGGUUGCCGGGUCCCGAUGGACCUGUAGGCCCACCUGGACCUGAUGGGUUUCCAGGAGCAGCAAGCGGACAAUACAGAACUGCUGGAUUACCUGGU